GUUCUACAAAAAAAAGUCAUUUUUCAAAUAUGAGCACCCAAAAGUUAAUGUCAAACCCUCGUGGUAUCCCUAGUUCACCUUUUGUUGAACGCGUUGAGGAUUAUGUCUCAGAAGCUGAGCCUGUCGAGAUUGUCUUGAAGAAAUUCCAAGAAGCAAUCAGCAAGUACAAGUUCAUGGAAGUCAACUUAUUGCAACGUAGAAAAGUUUUGGAAGAAAAGAUCCCCGAGAUUGAAAAGACAAUUGACAUGGUUGAUUUGUUAACUGAAAAGAAAGACAGCCAUGAACCCUUAUAUACAGAUUUUGAAUUAAACGAUACAUUGUUUGCCAAAGCCAAAAUUGAGGCAACCGGCUCUGUUUACCUUUGGUUAGGUGCCAACGUUAUGCUCGAAUAUACUUGCGAAGAAGCUAAAGAUUUAUUAACCUCAAAACUCGAAACUGCUAAAACUUCACUAAAGAACACAUUGGAAGAUCUUGAAUUCUUAAGAGAUCAAAUCACAACUAUGGAAGUCAAUACUGCUCGUGUGUACAACUGGGAUGUCAAGCAAAGACGUAUUUUAAGAGAGCAAGCCGCUGUAGCAGAAGCUUCCGCUUAAUCAUAGACGCUGCAGUUCUCUUUUUUAUUGGCACCCAAUAAAAAAAAAAGACAUUUUAAUUCCGCCUCAAAC